UGCAGAAGCAGGGAUAUGGACAGAAAGCUCAAUCAAGCUGUAAAAAGAUCAGAUCUGGGCUGCUGAGUUGGAAUCUAUGGUCUUCAGAAUGACUCCCUUCCUAGCUCUGAUGAUGGUUUUUCUGCUGCAUACAGUGGCGUCGCAGAGAUGCCCAUCACAGUGUGGACAGUGCCCAGAAGAAGCUCCCAGGUGCUCCCCCUCUGUGCCGGUGGUGCUGGACGGCUGUGCCUGCUGCCCUGUGUGUGCCCGCCAACAGGGGGAGAGCUGCUCAGAAGUGCAUCCCUGCCAAGAAGACAAAGGCUUGUACUGCGACUUCAGUGCUGAUCCAAGGACAGAUGUAGGCAUUUGCAUGGAACUUGAAGGCAGUAACUGUGUGUUUGACGGUGUUUUAUAUCGUAAUGGUGAAACAUUCCAACCAAGCUGCAAAUACCACUGUACAUGCCAAGACGGGCAGAUCGGCUGCGUCCCACGCUGUAACCUGGACCUGCUGCUCCCAGGACCUGAAUGUCCAUUCCCAAGAAAAGUCAAAUUUCCUGGGGAAUGCUGUGAAAAGUGGGUUUGUGAUUCCAAAGAAGAGGUGGCAAUUGGCGGUUAUGCAAUGGCUGCUUAUAGGCCAGAGGCUACACUUGGAAUUGAUGCCUCCAGCAUGGGUUUUAACUGCAUUGAGCAGACGACAGAAUGGAGCGCCUGCUCUAAAACAUGCGGAAUGGGACACUCAUCAAGGGUGACGAAUCGCAACCCCCGCUGCGAGAUGCAGAAACAGGUCCGUCUGUGCAUGGUGCGGCCCUGCGAGGCAGACAAUGAGGUUCUCAUCGGAAAGAAAGGGAAAAAAUGCUUGAGAGUGAAAAAGUCGGAGAACGCUGUUCAUCUUGAGUACAAAAACUGCACCAGUAUCCAUGCCUACAAGCCGAAGUUUUGUGGACAAUGCAACGACGGACGGUGUUGUACCCCCCACAGCACCAAGACUACCCAAGUGGAAUUCCAGUGUCCUAACAAAAGAGUCAUCAAAAAACCAGUAAUGUUUAUCAACACAUGUGUUUGUCACCAUAACUGUCCCCGUGAUGCGAGUCUGCUACAGGUAGAUAACGCAAAGUUUCCUGGACUAAAAUUCUGAUAUAUUCAUAGCUUAUCUGGCGGUAACUGCUCAGUUCAGGAAGAGUUUGGUAAAUUUGGACUCACAACCUCGCCGACAGUGGGUGUUGUUUUACCUUAAAACCAUUACUUUGGUAAGGAAGAUUGUGCAGCUUUGGUAUCUUCAAUAAUACAGGACACAACUUAAUAAUAUUUUAGGUUUUUCACACAAAAUCUGAAGAUAAACCUGUUUUGGCAUGUGGAAUUUAUUUGAGAAAAUAUCCUUGAAGAAAAAAAAAGAAA